UGAUAAAGUCAAGUCAAAAACUCAUUCACACGUUUUUUUUGGUUAAUAACUAUUGUUAAUAGUAAUUAACAAUAUAGCAUUUGAUCUUUAACUUCUUCAUAACAUUGUUAAAUGUUGUACCCAGAAGUUAUUUUAAGUACCCCAAAAUUAUAAAGAAACAAUGUAGUUUGCCUGUUUGUAGGUAUUAAGGUCAUUUUGAAAUAAAAUCACAUCAGAUUUAUUAAGCACUGCAGAAGUCAUCACUCCGUCUUCCCUGAAACAUCCAGAUUUUUGCUCAAUUUUAUGAUCAUACCGUAAAAAAAUAAAUUAAUAAUAAUAACUUCUCUUUAAAUUCCUCCCAAACAUCCAGAUUAUUGCUCAGUAGGUCGUACAUACCCUGCAACAGUAAUAGAACAGGUACCCCAUAUUUAAAAAAGAAUUACAGAUCUUCACAUCUUGUUCCCCUGUACUUACAUAUAUGUACUGGUAUAUACUGUACUGGUACAAAAGCUUACACGGUAACUGUGGGGUAAUUAUUCUGUAUGUUGCGGGCUGUAAUCUAAAGUGUUACCAAAAUAUUUGUAGUGCACAAUUCAUGUAGGGCUCAUUUCGAAUGCAAAGACAAUAGUCAGAGAACAGUAACUGUAUCUCUUUCAGAUCUUUUAGUGCCUCCAGUUGUAGGUAAGAAUCCUGUUGUUGAGUGUUUUUCAAAUGCCGAAAACUUAUUUGUAAUGUAAAACUGUGCUGUAACUUGAUAGAAAUUCAAAGUUCAUAGUUUUAUAAUGUAAUGACAUAAUAUCAAAUAAAAUUUUUGGUCAGAACAAUAUUCUAUAUACAAGGCAAUUUUGUCAUGUAAUGAUCCAACAUUUAGGUCCAGCUUCAGUGGAGGGUUUAUAACAUACUGCUGUUCAGAAAAUGAUGAUAUACAGAGAUGGUUUUAAAACUUAUUUUACAGAGGUUCACAGUUCCUGCUUCUCAUUAGUCUAAUCAAACUACCAGUAGAACUCCUAUUGUAACAUAUUUUCUCAUCAACCAUUAUCAUCUCAUCAACCAAACAAUGUUUAAAAUGACUGAUGGUCUGAUGACUGUUAUGGCUUAAGUUUUCCUUCCUUCUAUACACAAAGGAGGGAAGAGAAUCUUUGAAAACACAUUUUUAUAGGCUAACUUUGAAUGUACAGUAAUUUGUGGGUUUAUUAUAUAGAUUUUAUUAAAUUUGUCACAAAAAAUAAUUUCAAUAUCCCUCUUGCUUUGUGCUGCUUUAGUUUUUCCAUUUAUGUGACAGCAUUCAAUCCUAUUGAGUUGUGUUGAUGUGUGUUAAAAAACAAUGCUAAGUCUGAUCUAGACUUCAAAGUGCACAACCCCAAUGGGUCAGUACAGGAAGUUGUUCACAGGUUUUUUCUCAUGUGAGGAAGAGAAAAAGAAAGGACAGUGAUGUUGCAGGAACACCCAUAAAAAAGAUCAAGGAUUGCAACUUCACCCACUCCACUGAACCCUGCAACAAGAUGCACGAGGAUGUCAGUGUGAGGAAGAGAUGGGCUGGUGAUGAUGAAAAAAAUGAAGCCUAGUGAAGCGUCAGUGGAGGAUUUCACAAAACAGUGGGGCAAGAAAAAGGCCAGCGUUGACACCAGGACAUCAGAAAAAAAAAGAUGAGGUGUAGCAAUGGCACCAGCAUCAGUAUCCAGCCCUAAUGUAUCCAGCUCUACUGCAUCCAACGCUACUGGACCCAGCCCUAGUUAAACCAGCGCUAUGGAAUCCAGCAAGAAAGUGAUAGAGGACGAGAAGGAUGAUGACAUCAGCCAUAUCUUUAACGACGCCUCACUGGAGGAGGAGAAAAUCUUUGAGAUGGCCUCCUCAGGAAACACAAGCAGAGCUGUUUGAGGACAAGUGUCUCCAUCAUGCUGCGAUCGGUUCAGGAGGCUUCGGCUCAGUGCCGCUCAUGCCGGCUUCCGUAACGAAGACUCUUUACCAAUUGGUGCAAGAUGUGUGCACGAUGCCAGGGUCCUCAGGUGCAGCCCCUCUAUGUGCACCAGCUGUAUCCCAGGGUAUCCCCGCUUGGCUCAGCCUAUUUGUCUGAUGACCCCAUUUCGUGAGCCUGUCUGGAAUGCUGUUGAGGGCAGGUACAACACAAGGCUGUCCAGGGCAAGGUGUCCUAUUCUAAUUUAAUUCUAUAUUUUUUGUUUGUUUUUCUUGUACGGAUGUUGCUCUGCACUUUACGGCAUGCUCAAACACAAUUUGAAAAUAACACAUGCACACAUGCAAUUUUAGCCGAUUUAAUUUGAUUUGCUGACAUUGUGAAAUUGUUUAGCCAUAAGAUUAGGCCUAUUUACAGUACUAAGAACCCAUUAGAUCUCUCUGCAGUUAUUUGGUAUUUAUUAGGUUUAUCCCAUUCUAUUUAAUCCAACAUAUUGUUGUACAUUUUAUUCUACUUUGCGUUCACAUUGUUCUGCUCUUCAUGGCAUUAAAAUGUUCCUUUUAUGCUAAUGUUAAAGAAUCGUUUAAUGUUUAUUCCAUAUUGUCUUUAAUUUAUAGUUUGUAGAGAUUCACCUUAAUUUAAAAAUAUAAAAAUUCAAGGCAUGUGUUAGCCCAUUUAUUAUUUAAACCUAUGUUUUGCAAUGGUCAUUUUUUUAUAUGCCACUUUGUUUGAUGUUUGAUAUGCCAACACUUGACAGUGGCCUUGUUUAGGUCAUUUCAUUAUCAGAUUGUUUCUGUGUUGAAAAAAAAAAAAAGUUUUGUACCUACCUAUUCUGGUUUUUCUUUUACUGUAAACUAUGGGCCUUCUAUAUUCUAAAUGGGCAUAUUUAUUGUUGUUAUAAGGUUACCAUAAGGGAGACUUUUCAAAUAAUGAGUGAGAAAAGGAUGGAUACAAUACAAAUGACUGAUUCUUUUGCAGGUUCAUGUCUGUACUGGUACGUACUACCUCAACCUGAAGUCCAACACUAACAAAAGCCCUUGCUUUCUCCGACUGUACAGAGUGACUGUCCUGAUAAAAUUAAAAAUAAAGAAAUAAAAAACAAGGAUGAAAUCUUGUGAUUAAAUGUUGAGUAAAGUAGCGGUUAUAGUUUUUUAACAAAUGUACAACAAAUGAGAAAAAACAAUUCAGCUUCUGUGCUCCCGAGUAUCAACUCCUGAGCAUCAACUGACAAAAAAAAAAGUGGUGUAGGCACGAAAGAUACGUCCAACUGAAAUAUAUUAGUUUGAAAGUCUUGCUGAGUGUCAUGAAUAAAAUGGAAAAUUCGUGUCCAUGUACACAAAUCUGUAGAUUAAAUUGUGUGACUAUUUAACAAACUGCUGUGAGACUGGGCUGCGCCUCGACUGCUGUGCUGAAAUCGUUCAGUACCACAAAUCCGUAAACUAGACUACACUUGACUGCUGUGCUGAGACCAUUCAGUACCAAAAAUCCGUAAACUAGACUACACUUGACGGCUGUGCUGAGACCAUUCAGUACCAAAAAUCUGUAAACUAGACUCAACUCGACUGCUGUACUGACAUCAUUCAGUACUAAAAACCCGUAAACUAGACUUAACUGCUACUGAUAGUGGGUCUCGUACAGACUUGCUGCCCUCAACACAUCCUGUACAUAGUGAUUUGCUGCUGAAUACUGAAAAAUACUGAAGAGAAACUCACAGCUUGUUAGCCUGUUAGCUUGUUAGCCUGUAGACAGUAGACUCAGUGCUUGUUAGCCUGUAGACAGUAGACUAAGUACUUGUUAGCCUGUUAGCUUGUUAGCCUGUAGACAGUAGACUCAGUGCUUGUUAGCCUGUAGACAGUAGACUAAGUACUUGUUAGCCUGUUAGUCUGUAGACAGUAGACUAUGUGCUUGUUAGCCUGUUAGCUUGUUAGCCUGUAGACAGUUGACUCAGUGCUUGUUAGACUGUAGACAGUAGACUAAGUGCUUGUUAGCCUGUUAGCUUGUUAGCCUGUAGACAGUUGACUAAGCGCUUGUUAGCCUGUUAGCCACAUCCAAUUUCAAUCUCUGCUCCUCCCUUAGAGAUGUAGUGAAAGCCUGCUACCUCUCGUGAAUGACAGUUUCUCCCUGUCUUUUUUUGUUUCUGGAGCUUCCUGAACCACUCUGACUGCUCUGAUUUUCUCUCCUGCGGCUUUCUUUCACUUUCUCAUUUUUCAAUAUUGGUUUUCUGUUCCCAUCUCUGGUCUUGCAGUCUCUCUUUCAUCAUCAGCAGCUUUUUUAUUGUCUUAGCUGAUAUUGAGCUAGUGAAGGUUUUGCAGUCUCCUCUCAUGGAUCCUCUCCUGCUUCCCCGGGGCUUCUUCCUGUCUAACCUUCAUCUGUUCAUUUCUGUCUGCCACUUCCUGCCUGUUGUACCGUUAGGCUCUUUCCUCAGAGAUGUAGUGAGAGCCAGUGCCGUAUAAAGAGAGAGUCGUGUCAACGGAAGUUCAAAAUGCUCGUCACGUGAUUCAUGUAGACUUCAGAUAGUUCCCGGAAGUUCUCGGCGGGAAAUUUGAAAGCAUAUAGACCGAGACAGAACUGCAUUUUUUGAGAAAGGAGCACGAAUGUACGGUUUCCCCACUGACACAGGGAGGAGAAAAAAAUGGUUGUCUCAAGUCAGAAAGAGCCAUCUUACGUUCAAUGAAGAUUACAACAACAACAACAAAAAAUAUGUGAGGUAAUCAUAUUCAAACACUGUAUUUGCACUUUUUCACAAACAAAGACCACACCACCAUCGGGAAGCUUAAUGUUUGGAGUCUUCAGGCUCCAUUGAAUCCCCUGUGGUUCUUGUGAUGAAAGAGAGAGUGAGAGAGAGAAAAAGACAGAAGAGAAAGGGUUAGACACAGGCUUGGAUGGGAAAUUGCCUUGGGAGAUGAGGUGUGGUCUCUGUUCCCCAACUUUAGUUAUGGAAUUUCAUUAGUUGUUAUCAUCAGCAGGUUUUGCUGCUGAUGUUUAACAAAGUACAGUAUGACAAGUGGCAUCAGUUACUGAUGUGAUAUGAAUUUGUGUAAAGUUGUCUCAUGUUCUUGGUUGUCUUUUGGAUAUGUUAUGAGUGUAUACAAAUUGAAAAAGUAUAAAGUAUUCCCUAAUACUGUGCAUUUAACCACUAUGGAAUAUGUCAGUGGGUAGACAAAACUGAGUUGUUAUGUGUGAGAAGUAAAUUCACGUCGAUCUGCAGGCACAUUUUGAGGCAGACCAGUUUGUCAAGACCAAAAAGGGCAAGACUAGGCUAAGAGCAGAUGCUAUUCCCACAAUCUUUGCGUAUCGCCCUGUGGUCAAAAAGUGGAGGGCCCCUGCACCAUGAUGCACCCCUGCACCUAUAAGUAUAGAGCCUAUAGCUGCUGAUCACAGUUAUAGUGUUAAAGGUGAUACAGGCUGAAGUUGACAUCAGACCAGUCAAAAUGUUCUCCAAGAUUGAAGACUCGGCUGGAUGUACAUAAGUACAGACUUCCUUACCAUGUCGGAAAGACUCUUCUUUUUCACAACACCUUCAUGCAGGAUGUGGAAGCGGGGCAAGCACAGAGGAAUGCAAGACAUCAUCAUCAUAACAGCUGACAAGAGGGAGACUAACAGGAACUUGGUUGCAAUGGAGAAGGAGGGAUUCAUUAGAACAAUGAACCAACUGAAAGACAUGAUGCACUUACGCGUACCUUCAAAUGAAGGCCCUGAAGGGUGAGUCUAUACUGACCCAUACCUUGGACAUGUGGCAUGGAGCAAAAGACUUGGCCAAGAAAAUACAUGCAGUAAGAUUGUGAUCAUCAUCAGGUCUAACUGUGCUCUGACAAACUGAAUUAACACACGCUAAAAUAUAUGAAGUAAGAGGGUCUGACUUGUUCCCUUUCUAGGCUGGAGUGGUGAAAAGUCAAACAGAAAUACUUGACUGGAUGAAAGACAUCAAUCACUGUAUCACUAGCCUAUGGCGAGGUAUACUCCAUCAUGUGACAGACGUGUCACGAGUGGACUUUUGGGAGCUGCCUGCAUGACCCACUGAACAAGGAGGACCCUGAAAAGGCCUGGCCUGGAUGCAGAAAGUUCCUCCAGCCCACCUGGCACUCACUGAAGUCAUCCUAAACCCACACUGGCUGAAAGACAUGCCAGAGCAUUUAAACUUCAGGUUUAUCAGGUUUUUUCAUAAUUCACAAAACAAUGUAAUAAUGUAAUGAACUUGCAUUACUGUCUUUAUAAAAAAAAACAACAACAUAUAUCUUAAUAGGCAAACUUCUCCUAUCAAAGAUUGAAGCAUUGUGUAAAGAUAUUACUGAUUUUUUUUUGUUUUUACUUCGGACAACAUCUGACCUGGAGACCUUCCACAAUUAUGUGCUGAUGUAUGCAAGCAAACACUUCUCCUUCUCUUCCCCCAGUGUAUAAAGUAAGAACUUUGCUUGCUGCAUUAGAUUACAACCACCACAACAGCAGACCACCAGUGUUGACCAAAGAUGGCAACAGAGUUUGUUCUGCAAAGUGGGGCUUUGCUGAUGUGAUGCUGGCUUUACACCUGUGGUCUCCCCAGAUACUAGAAGAGAGCUAUCGUUGGGAAACAUUUGGGGUAGAUGAUCCAAGGAGACAUGGCCUUCUCCCAGCUAUAGAGCCACCAACAAUGGAAGAAUUGCUCCAGAGCCAUGUCCCCAGAGGAGAGGUAAACUGAAAAAAUGUAUGUAGUUAGACACACAACUGCUGCUAAUCACUGUCAUGUCUUUUCUACCCUGUGUCCUGAAGAAAGAACAACUUGGAAGGACUUCUGCUGACAGACCAUUCCAUCAAUUUUUAUUAUCAAGCUUUUUGUAAAUAUUUUUUUGCAUUUGUAAAGGAACAUAAGUAAAUAAACACUAGAUGAUAUAUUGUUGAAGAAAGCUAUUGACAUCUUUUAUUAGCUGUUGUAAUAUAGCAGUUCUUGUCCACAAAUUUUAAAAGCUGUAAAGACAUAAAUACAAAUAAAUUAUAUGGCUAAAAAUGUAUCAUAGCCGGCCAGAGAUGAAUUCUGUAUAAUCAACAUUAGGACCUGGAUAUAUGUCCUGUAUAUGCCACACGCAACAGCUUGGGAUGACAACUCGGUGACCAGCCCUCAGUUGACCAGGCUGCCUGUCUGUAUGCUGCAUGUUUGUAGUUGCUGUUGUGUUGACCGGAUUUUUGACCUGCUCCUGAAGGAGCUCAUCUUGCACUUCAGGAAAGGGGCUCCCCCCCCUCUGCAGUCCCUGACCAUCAUCCUCAGAGAGCCCCAUCACCCAGGUGGAGGAACACAGGCUACAACCUGAGACACCACCUGCUACACUGCAGAACUUCCCAACUUUUCCUUCCACCUGCUGUUCCAGUACUUCAGUGGAGCAACAGGUGGAAGUUCUGUAAAUAAUUCCUGGAGUGCUGUUAAUAACUGGUAAAUAAUAUAAGUAAUAUCUCACAGAUCUUGCUGUCUUAUUUUUUUUAAAUUUAUCUAAAUUUAAUUUAUUAUAAAUUUCUUUCUUUUUUUAAUCUGACUGAAUGAAUCGCACAAGAAUUCACUGAGCCUGUGCAAAUGGCCAAAAAGUCUCUUGAAUCUUGAAAUAUUUUUUUAAGCUAUGAUGUCAUAUUGUUAAUCAGUUUUGUUAAUAAAGUUUUUUUAAUAAUUAAAAUGGUUUGAAAAAAAACCAGCCAGUAUGAGAUGAUGUCACAAAUAAGUGUAGGGUGUAAAGAAUGUGAUGAUGUCAACACUAAGAAGUACAAGAUCAAAGAGGCAGAAUGUGAUGAUGUCACCAAGAAGUGCAAGAUCAAAGCUUUAAUCUUCAAGACAGAAACGAGCCUUCUCAACAGCAAGAGAUCUGUUAUAACCUUUCAGUAGCUCAACAUCAGCAAAGACAGAAGGAAAUAUCCGCCAAAAGAGACUGUUGGACCAGAUAGACGAGCAGAACACCAAAACUGACUCUUUGGAUAGUGAGAAAAUGUUGCUGCGAAGAAAAGCUAUGCAGUUAGAAAUGUCGAGGAAACUCCAGAACUCCAGAAGAGAGUUUGUUGAGGAGAAUACGGCAGCCACUAUGAUGCAGCAGGCUGUAACUUCAUCUCUGAGGGAGGAGCAGAGAUUUAGAUCGACCUCAUCUAGACGAGAAGCUGUGCGAUGCGAGAAUGCAGAAGUCCAGAGCAACCAGGACUGGCUACAGGCUCAGACACAGCCUGACAGCUUGCUUGUUAAGUUACAGGAGGCAAAAAAAAUUGAGCAGGCAAGACAGGAGUAUCUCAACAGGCUUGCUGCAGAUGAGGUAACACUAAAGAGGCAGGUAAGGCAACAGAUGGACGCAAACAGUGCCUUCAGGACCCACAUGCAGUGGGAUAAUGAGGCACUCAUAGAUUUGAAGAGACGAAAGGAAAAAAUCGCUCAACAUUUAGACAGAAAAUUUGAGGAAGAAAUGAGGGCUAGAGAGGAAGAAGCUCUGCGGCAGGAGAAGGAGCGGAUCCAUCAAAGAAAACUCAAAAACCUUUCAGUAGCUGAAUAUCUGAAAAGACAAAUGGAUGAAAAAAAGCUGCUGAAAGAGAGAGAGACAAUGCAGGACCAGAGAGCCGAGCACAGAGCCAGAAUGAAUAGGUUGGAAAAUGAGAAGAAGCUGCAGCAAAGAAAGAUGGAGCAGAUAGAGAGGUUCAGGAAGCUCCAGAACCCUAAAGAGAUCGUUAGGGAAAAUCUGGCAGCUUUGAAGAGGGAGCAGGCUAUAACCACAUCUCUGAGGGACGAGCAGAGAUUGAACUCAGCUGUGGCUAAGCAAGAAGCUGAAAUGGAAAAGCGGCAGAGAGAUAAGGAGGAGAAGAGGGCUGCUGUACUGAUGUCCAUUUCAGCUCACCGUGAGGAGACGAUAAAAGAGAGAGAACAGCGUGAGAGGGAAGAGCUACAGAGCGACCAGGACUGGCUUCAGGCUCAGAAAGAGGCUGCCAGGUUGUUUGAUAUAAAGGAAAAAUUGAAGACUCAGAAGAUCAGAGAAGAAAAAUGUUACUUACACAACUUCAAUGCCUCUUUAGCAGCUGAACGACGUGCCCAGUUUCAGCGACAGAAAAAGGAGGAGUAUGAUGCAGCAGUAAGAAACGCUGAAGAGAUUGCUGAGAGGGAGAUAAAACACCAGCAGUACAUUCAGCGGGAAGUCCGCGCUCUUCAGCAGGCGCCGAUCCUUCCCUCUGUGGAAACAGGAAGGCGUGCUUUGGUUGACAGGGAGGUGCCUGGCUGCAUUUCAAGAAACGGUGAGGCAUUACCCAAACUGGGUACUGCUAAAACCAAGCUUAUUAGAUUGCGUCAGGAGCAGAAUAAGUUGCAGCUGAGUUAUAGUGAGGUCGAUAAAGGCACUAAAAGAUUAACCCAUCUCCCUCCCAUUUCUAGUGCAGUUAAGCACAAUUUAACUGCACAAAAUGCAAAGAGAGAAGAGUUUGGUCCCACUUUUAGUAGAGAGAGGUGUAACUACCUCUCUACAGAUGACGCGGAGCCAUUUCCCAGAUACUCCGGUGCCCAGAUACUUAAAGAGAGACGUGAACUCUUCAAGAGGGAUGUUAAAUAUGAGGAGACCACAAUAACAGAUCUCAGAGAGGCCGCCCUGUCCUCUAGACCUGUCCUCCCUAAAAUCCGGUGGGCCUCUGGAGUGUCAUCCAUCCCAAAACUCCCACCCAUUUGACAUGCAAGCAAGCAGACGUCCAAUGUUUAAUGGACAUGGAGCUCCUUCCUUUCUCGUCACCAACCCACCCUAUUCUCCUUCAUUUCUCUCCCUCACCUCUCUUAUCUCACCCCAGCCUACUUCCCAAUUUCCACAGAGGUGCUGAUGCCUCACAGCCAGGUCCGGGUUAAGGCCACAACUAUCUGUGAGGAGUUUCAUGAGCUUUUUCAUCCCAUGUGUGGGUUUACUCCUGGUACUCCCACAUUCCAAACACAUACUGGUCAGGUAGGAAUUGGACAUUCUUAAAUUCUAAAUAGUAAUUAGGCCUAUAUCAAACAAUAAUAAUAAGAACAGAACAGGCCUUUUUCACAAUAUGGUAACAGAAAGCAGAAAUAGAGAAACUAUUUGUCACGCCACUACAAGCUUUUGUAAGCCCCCCAUCCCGAGGAGCUCAGUCUGUUCUGAUUGGCCAGCUCUUGGGAGCUGCCCCUCAGCAGACAUCCGCAGGCUGUGGAGGCUACGUCAACAAACCGUACAACAAUUAAUAGUCGUAGGAUUUCAAUACUUUUUCUUGUUCAUUACUCAAAAUGUCAACUUCUCAAAUUCAUUCGUACAUGUUCGAGCCGGAAUCCAAUCCGAAAUAUGAGCGUGGUCAACGCAAACAACACAUGGAAAAACCUUAGCAACAACCUUAGCAACCAAGGCUACGGAAUAGACAGUCACUUAGGGGCAUGUGCAACUAUCUGG